GGGCGCCGUCCCCCGUCUCCGCGCGCGUCUCGGGAACCAGAGGCUCGAGUGAGGACCACCCUGGGGAGUUUGGGGCGGCUUUAGUCCUCCCUCACCGUUUUUCGUCAGAGACCGUGCCAGAGGCCCUGCGGCUGCUGCCUUCCCUUUAGUUGCUCAAACUGAACCUUCCCAGCCCUCCCCGAAGCGUCCCGUCUCCCCGCUCCAGCACCACCGGGCUCGCCACCGGAGGUCUGUGGGGUCCGAAGUCGUGUCACUAACCGGGCUUUCCCGGCUAAUUCGUGGACAGUAGGUUCUCCAUUAUUUUUCUGGACAUUUGGAUAUCAGUUCAUUCAGCUUAAAACGUGUGCCUUUGUCGCCAAAUCAUCAAUUCUUAACCUGGUCUUGAAGGACUGACAGGCCACAAUUUAGACGUCCAUAUUUCUUUAAAGUCACAAAGAAAACACCUUUUACAAAUCAGAAUACCCUAGUCCAUUAUGUUGGUGACUGAUCAGCACUUCCGUUUGGUGAACGCUUUGGAAGGAGCUUUGAGGAGCUUCUUGGGCCUGGUUGUAAGUGGACAAGAGCGCAGCGCUGCUCCCAGGACGUGAUCCGGACUCGAACGCCUGCCUCCUAUCCACCUCCCCGCCGCCCCAUCGGCCUCCCGCCGCCUUGUUUAGUUCGCUGUAGCGUUAGGAGCUUUCCUCCCUCGCAGGUGAAAUGGCAAAUCACAGUGUCCCCUAAACAUCUAGCCAUGCACCCCACCGGUCCACCCCAUUUUCAUUCAAGAAAUGCUGAGCAUAAAGGUUAUCCGUUGCCUGGUUCCGCUGACACAUUGGAACAAAUCCAGAUACAGCGACAGGAGUGGAAGUUACUUUUCAACUGAUGCUAGGUUUUCCCACGAUCUCUUAAGGAUAAAAUCAGGCUUUAAAUGUUUUCCCAGGUAGACUUGCAGUAGUUUCACGGAAGUGUCCUUCAUGUUAUAAACUUGAACUAAAAGCUCUCCCCUUAGAUUGUUUUUUUUUUUUAUCAACUAGUCACCCUCUCGCAGAGAUCUUUAGUUUUUGAAAGGUGUUCGGAGUCCGUUCUUACCCAGCGUUGCUGGUUCCCAGCUGCUUAGAUGUACCCACAGCAUCUCCAGGUCUCAGCAACCCGUCUGUCCUCCCUGAUUUCUUUCCACUCUGGCAGCACAGCGGCAUGCAACCUGGCUCGACCGGAGGAAGACUUGCAAGCAGAGCCCUAACGUGACCUGCAGGAAGAUCACCGCCCUGUACGUGUGGGGCAGAGCCAGCCAAGAGGUGCACAGAGGCCAGAGCGGCCGACCUGUGCAGCCCACGAGACGAUGUCUCCUAGCCUUCGGGAGGGCGCUCGGCUUGGGGAAAGCAAACCCUCGCCCUGCUCCUUUUCAAUCGAGAGCAUUUUAGGACUGGACCAGAAGAAAGACGGUGCUCCAUCCAUGAAACCCCACCGGCCUUGGGCAGACACCUGCAGCUCCUCAGAGAAAGAUGUUAACCUAUGUCUACAUGUCCCAAGCCUUCCAAAUGGGCUCUUAUUCUCUUGUACUGUGGAUCACCCAGUGCCAGAAGAAAGAGUUAUGAAAUAUGAAAGUUACUUUUCAACCUCAGAAAGACUGUCUUUGAAAAGAGAGUUGAGUUGGUAUAGAGGCAGAAGACCAAGAACUGCUUUUACUCAAAACCAGAUUGAAGUGUUGGAAAAUGUCUUUAGAGUAAACUGCUAUCCUGGCAUUGAUAUCAGAGAAGACUUAGCUCGAAAAUUGAAUCUAGAGGAAGACAGAAUCCAGAUAUGGUUCCAAAAUCGGCGUGCCAAACUGAGGAGGUCUCACAGAGAAUCACAGUUUCUAAUGGUGAAGAAAAACUUCAACACAAAUCUCUUGGAAUAGAUAGAAAACUAAACUUGUGAAAUUAUCUUCCAAUUGCAGAACACGAAGAACCAAUGGAAAUACCAAGUUUUUAAAAUGUGAUGUUUUAUUUUCUGCAUUUAAUCUGAACCUUGUCACUUUCUGAAAAUAUAUUGUAAAUAGUUACUAUAUCAUGGUACCUGUUAUACUUGGGCACUUUUAAAUAUAAUAAAGGCUUUUUCUAUAUAUUUUAAUAAACAUUUUCAGAAACAGCCAGCUAUUUUUUUAAGUGAGCAAAUUUAAUGUAAUAAAUUAGUUUGCUAAAAUCAGUAAACUCGUGAUUAAGUGGCUCCACAAACUGAAUUACUGUACAUUUACAAAAAUAAUUCAAGUAAAAUCAUCUGGAGA